UAGAUUAACAAUAUGUUUUCUACUGAAAUGCACAUCUGGAUCUAAAGUCACACGAAACGUUUAGGUUCAUUCCUGGUUUUUGUGCGCCUUGCGUAAAAUGAGUAUCUGGAGACUCUAGGCAACUCCAUAUAUCGAAGUCAUUAUAGCAGUGACCAUGUCUGAGGAAGGCAGCAAGUCUAUCACCGACCACCCAUGCAGUCCAGCAGGAACAGCAAGCUCCAUGUCCCAGGUCGACUCAGAUUCGGACGCACCGUCCUCCCCAGUGGAUUCGGAUGGGCACAGGCGCAUUCCUGGGAUCAACCAGAAAUCGGACGGUGAGGAUGAUGAUCGAUUCCCGGCUUGCAUCCGAGACGCAGUAUCUCAAGUUCUUAAAGGAUACGACUGGUCGCUCGUGCCGAUGCCACCCCGCGGGGACCGGUCGUUGAAGAACAAACCGCACGUGAAAAGGCCGAUGAAUGCGUUCAUGGUGUGGGCACAGGCAGCGCGGAGGAAACUAGCAGACCAGUACCCGCAUCUGCAUAACGCCGAGCUGAGCAAGACUUUGGGAAAACUCUGGCGCUUACUGUCUGAGAGUGAGAAGCGUCCCUUCAUGGAGGAGGCAGAGAGACUGAGGCUGCAGCACAAGAAGGACUACCCAGACUACAAGUACCAGCCCCGGCGCCGGAAGAGCACCAAACCAUGCCAGGCCGAUUCAGACCCAGGAACUGAGAUGAGCCACCAGAGCCGUGUCCAGGUGUACAAGACAGAACCAGGCCUGGGACUGGGUCAGGGUAGACUGGCUAAUAUAGGGGAAAUGCAAAAUCCUCAUCAUCAUAAUCAUCCUCCUGAACGAGGCGGACAGCAGCAUGCCCCCCCUAACCCUCCAACACCCCCCACCACCCCCAAAACAGAGCUACACCUGGGGGGGAAACAUGAGUGCCGACGACCCCCGGAGAUCCACACUGGAGGUGGAGGUCGUCAGAACAUUGACUUCAGCCAUGUGGACAUCUCUGAACUCAGCACAGAUGUCAUCAGCAACAUGGAGGGCUUUGACGUCCACGAGUUCGACCAAUACCUGCCUCCCAGUGGCCACAGCUCCAUCCCUGCAUCCUCUGACCAGGGGCUAGGACACAACCCCCCCUCCAGCACGGCCUCCCUCAGCUCCCCCAAUCCCCUUCCUCACUCAGGGUGGGGUCACAAAGCCGGAGCAGUGCCCCCCUCCUCCUUGUCUCCAGGUAACAGUAACCAUGGGGACCCUCACCAGCAGCAGAGGCCUCAUAUUAAAACCGAGCAGAUGAGUCCCAGCCACUACAGCAGCCAGCCCUCCCAGUGUUCCUCCUCUCCACCUCCACCACCUCCCCACCCUGACUACACCCCCCUGGGCUCGGGCUCCUGCCCCUCCUUGGCUCCCUCCUCCAUCCCUAUCCCCCAGUGUGACUACACAGACCUGCAGGGGCCCAGUUUCUAUGGGGCAUACUCUGGGUACCCAGCAGGGCUAUACCAGUACCCUUACUUCUCCUCCUCCUCCUCCUCCUCCAGGAGAACAUACUCCAGCUCUCUCAUCAACAGUCUGGCCUUACCGUCUGCACACAGCAGCCCCGCGACAGCCUGGGAGCAGCCUGUCUACACGUCCCUCAGCCGCCCCUAGGGGGGAGGGACAACAUGACCGGAUCUCCAAUGACAUUUGCAGUAUUUUACCAGGUCAAAUAAUUAUUAAAGCAAGUCUUAAUACGUAAGGUAACUUUAGCACCUUUCACAUUUUCACAGACACCAAAAAAUGAACCAAGCACAGUGUGGUCAUUCCAGCUAACCAGACUACCAAACUAACAGAGCUCUGCAUACCUCUUUCAACACACUAAAUCCAUGGACUUACCAAAAACAGCGGCAGAGUUUCACCCAGCGCGACAGGUGUUCCAAUUCUGUUUCCUGUGAAUGGAGAUUAAGCGAUUUCAGGCUUGAGGGGUCCAUUCUUGUGGAAGGGUUGACUGACAGACUGACUGACUGACUGACUGACUGGACAGCUGGAGAUGAUGAUAGAGAAAGGGAAGGAGCUUCCAGCCUGGCUGGCUAAACCCUCUGCAUCUGCUGAACUUGUCAACAUCUGAAGAGAAAGAUGAUACAGUAUGUCAAUGUUGUGUGCAUAACGUUUGUUCAUCAGGACCACAGAGGAAUGAACCGAUUUUGUCAGGGGAGAAUAAUGAUGCAUUAGGAAGAGAAAAACUUAAUUUACGUCUCUAUUGCCAUUCCAGGUUUAGUUAUGUGUGUAUUUUUUAGAUGUGUAAAUGUGUAUAUUUUUAUAUAAUUCUGGUCUGUCUGUUACUUGUAUGCCGGCUUUACAAGUAAUUAAAAAUUGUUAACUCCUAACUGGUGCUGCCUUGCUUAAAUGUGCUUUGUUGGCAAUCAUGAUCUGUUGGCUACAUGUGAAAUAUUAUCAUUAUGUUUUAUAAAUAUCCUUCAUACAUUUUCUGGCAGUAGCUGGUUGAAUGUUUGGGCCUUGAGGUUCAUCAAUAAACAUAACA